AGGAGCGGUGGCUGGACAACUACACGUUUACCGGGACACGACACGGUGAAGUCUGAGGGCACUGACUGUCAGAGGAGGACCGGAGCUAUCACUGUGUUUCUAAACUUUGUGUUUCUAUUGGAUAUUUAUUUCCCGCUCAUCAUGGCUGUGACUGAAGCUGGAUGUGACCUCACUUACUGCAAAAUGAGGGGGAUUGUCGCGCUUCUCGCCGCUUUCAUCAAGGAGAGAAAAAUGGGGCUGAAUGACUUCAUCCAGAAGCUGGUGUCGACUCCACAUAUCUGCCAACAUGUUGAAGUCAACACUCUCCUGAAGAUUGACGAGAAUCAAAAUGAGGAGCUUGAAAAUAAUCAACUUCCUGAAAAUCCGAUGUGCCUAAAUUCACGAAGUUCACUGGCUGAGGACACUCAGAUCAAACCCUGUGAUUUUGACUACCUCAAAAUCAUCGGCAAAGGCAGCUUUGGAAAGGUUCUUCUGGCUCGACACAAAGAGUCGACCAAAUACUACGCAGUCAAAGUGCUGCAGAAGAAAAUCAUCCUGAAGAAGAAAGAGCAAAAGCAUAUCAUGGCCGAGCGCAGUGUGCUGAUGAAGAACAUCAAGCACCCCUUCCUGGUGGGGCUGCACUACUCUUUCCAGACAACUGACAAACUUUACUUUGUGCUGGACUACGUUAACGGUGGAGAGCUGUUCUACCAUCUCCAGAGGGAGAGGAUCUUCCUGGAGCCCAGAGCCAGGUUUUACGCUGCUGAAAUUGCAAGUGCACUUGGCUACCUCCACUCCCUGCACAUUGUGUACAGGGACCUGAAGCCUGAGAACAUCCUGCUGGACUCUCAGGGCCACAUCGUCCUCACAGACUUUGGUCUCUGCAAAGAAGGUGUGGAGGCCAAUGGAACCACGACGACUUUCUGUGGGACGCCUGAGUAUUUGGCCCCUGAGGUUCUGAAGAAGCAGGCAUACGACCGCACUGUGGACUGGUGGUGUCUGGGAUCUGUGCUCUAUGAGAUGCUCUAUGGACUUCCUCCGUUCUACAGCCGCAACACAGCUGAGAUGUACAACAACAUCCUGCAGAAGGAUCCGGUGCUCAAGCCCAACGUGUCCAACGCCGGCAGGGAACUACUGGAGGGGCUCCUGCAGAAGGACCGCACCAAGAGGCUGGGAGUGAAGGAUGACUUUCUUGAACUCAAGUACCAUUCCUUCUUUUCUCCAAUCAACUGGGAUGAUCUGAUGGCCAAGAAGAUCACACCCCCAUUCGUCCCCUCAGUGAGCGGCCCCACAGACCUGAGACACUUUGACCCAGAGUUCACCCACCUGCCUGUGUCGUCCUCCCUGUGCACCGACUCCCUGACUGUGACCAGCAGCGUGAAGGAAGCAGCUGGAGCCUUCCCGGGCUUCUCCUACGGGCCUCCAGCAGACCACUCCUUCAUGUGAACACCAACAUCUUUGCCCCGGGAACGAACAGGAAACAGGACACAAGCUCUGGAUCUGGAGUCUUACUGUGGCAGAGGGACGACGCCGGAGCUGCCUGUGUGAGGAGACGUUACAACAAAAGGUCUGAUGAGGGGAUUUAAAUGAACACGAGGAACGAGGGGCAGAUCUCGAGGGAUCUUGUGUAUGACUAGUGUACAGAUGAGGACUCUCAUGUUACGACACCACCGGCCCGACUCUUCUGCCUCAACCAUCCAAGACUAAUACAUGUGUGUGCCAAGUAUGGAUGCACUCUGGGGUCAUAAAACAUCGCUCACUGAUGGCUCUGGACCUCACAGCCGCUGGUGAAGUGACAUGAAGAGAAGUGCCUGAGGUUCGAAAGGCAGUUUUGACGGAGGAGAGCCAGCUUUAUCAAAAACCACACCACCAUUUCAUUUGUUUGGACUUCUGACCAGGGCGACGUCUCCAUGACACGUCUACAUAUGUUAAAGCUGUGUCUACGUUCACAAUGCAUUGUUUUUGUUUUCAUGUGACUGCUCGAUUGCACUUGAGGAAACAAGGGUCAAAGAAAAGUGAAACAUUUUUGCUUUAAGCAUCAUCAACGUAGGAUUAGACAGCUGCAUAUCUUUAUUUCAUAUCUCCACUUUGGACAAAGAAAAAAUAGGCAUUUCAAUAUUGUACACUACUAGUGAUACUUGGACCAAACAGUUAACUAGGGUAUGCUUUAAGUACACUUUUUUCUUUUGACCGGUUUGUCCUCAUAAACUGAAGAUCAAAGUUUUAUUGUACUGUGUAGAAAAAACUAAAGUUACAUAUAUUUUAUUGAAAAACCAAAAGGUUUUCCAUGUUUUAAUAACCACAAACAUUAACUGUUUACUUUUAAUACAGUUCUGCAUAUAUUAUAAAUGUUUCCUAGUGUGUGUAUAUAUAUAUAUAUAUAUAUAUAUAUAUACAUUAAUAGAUUAAAUUAAAAUUUCCUGUAUGGCAAUAUAUUUUAUUUUGGGUUUUUCCAUCUUCCUUUUCAUCUACAGCUAGUGACUGUGUAUAUCUAUGUCUGCUGUUUGCAAACUUUAUGACAGACCUCUCAUUGAUCCAGAGAGUGAUACAGAGUUCAACCAGCAAUAACAGGCCCACAUCAGUGAUAGCACAUUCUGUAUAUCAAUAUUAUCUUAAGUUAAAGUGAUUGCUGUUUUAUUGCAAACACAAAAAUAUAGAAUCUCUGAUGACAAAUGUUUUUGUAUUUAUGCAUCAUGUAGAGAAGAGCUGUGAAUGUCUUGUGCCUGUCCAAGGCGGCCUGAUCCAUGUAUACUGUAUGUACAUAUCUCUUUUCCCUGAAACCUCCUGGUCCCUUUUCUAGAAAAUAAUCUGUCAAAAAAAAAAAAAGAAGAAGAAAAAAAAAAAAAGUGCUU